AUGGUUCAGGUUAUGGGGACAAUGUUCUCUAACAUUGUGGUUUUGACCUGUGCAAGUUGCCAGGUAUUGAGAAGGUUUCUCGAGUGUCUAUUUAUCAGUGUUUACUCUCCUGAUAGCAAAAUGAGCUUCGUCAUCUACUUUGUUGGUGUGGCAUUCUAUACAGCUCUUCCUAUUACCUCCCUUUCAGGGACUAAUCUUAAUGAUGCUUUCAAAUGUGAAGAAUUACUUCAGUAUGUUUGUUGGAACCAUAUUGUUGGUGUUGCUCUAUUUAUCUGGGCAUCAUAUCAACAGAGAAAAGUUGCAUUCCAGUUUGCUCAACUUCGCCAGAACAAAUCAGGGAGAGUUCAUAACACAAAGCAUCACAUUCCGUAUGGAGGAUUAUUUGAAUAUGUGUCAUGUCCACAUUACUUCACAGAAAUACUCAUAUAUCUCUCGAUGAAUAUCAUCUUCUCAUUUAGAAACACUAUGAUGAUCUCAUUGUUCAUAUUUGUUCUAGCAAACCAGGUGAUUUCAGGAUACUUUAGUCAUAAAUGGUACAAAGAGACAUUUAAAACUUAUCCUAAAAAUAGAAAAUCAACCAUUCCUUUUAUAUUUUAAGAAGGUUUUUGUUUUCAUGAAUACUCAUGUCAUGUAAAAUGAGUACAUGUACUUCUAGAGUAUUUAAAAUUUGAUAUUAAAGUCUAUAUGUAUUAACUUACACAAAUACUCCACUCUCUGUAGUAGAGGCCAGUUUCAUUUUACUCAUUUUUGAAAAUAAGUGUAUGUGCGAGAAAAUGCAUUGUUGUACUUUUACUGUUAUUAGCUCACCUCUCACAAAGUGACAGGGUGAGCUUUUGUGAUCGCUUUUCGUCCCGCGUCCGUAAACUUUUACUUUAAAUGACAUCUCCUCAUAAACCACUAAGCCAAUUUCAUCCAAACUUCACUGGAAUGUUCCUUUGGUGGUCACCUUUAAAAAUUGUUCAAAGAAUUUAAUUCCAUGCAGAACUCUGGUUGCCAUGGCAACCGAAAGAAAAAACUUUAAACAUUUUCUUUUAAAAAACCCAAAGAGCUAGAGCUUAGAUAUUUGGCAUGAAACAUCUUCUAGUGAGUGUCUACCAAGUUUGUUCAAAUAAAAUUCCUGAGG